GACCUAAAAAUAGACAAAAGAGGACAUUCAUCAUAAAUGUGCUAAUGUGGUACACCUUAUAGAUCCAGGUCAUUCAACAAGUAGGACGCACUGUUGACAUGCCCAGGCCAACAAAUCAGGCCCGUUCACUCAUCAGUGAGGAAGAAGGAAAGAAGAAGAUCUAUAAUGUUUCUUAUGAGAGAUAUUUUGGUUUUGGAUGUGAGAUUGAUGAGGAGACCUCAAAUAAGCUAGAAGGCUGGUAUCAAGUCUUUGCAUCCUAUUUGUGCUUCCAGAUUCCUAUGUUGAUGCUGAGAACAAGGACUAUGGAGGUAAGCAUUUCAGCAUCAUGAGAAGAUUCUAAAGUUUUCCUACUAUCGUAUUUUUUUC